AUGUCGCCUCACGUGCUCGUGCAAGCAGAGAGGCAUGAAGAACCGAGCAAGCUUGGUACUUUAACUGCCUCUCUUUUCUUCUGUUUCAUCUGCUUUUCCCUCUUCACUCUUGCCUCACUCUUUGUGACCCAUUUGGAGAGAUACAAACUGCAAAUUGUGCGCACCUUGCUCAGUCCAUUUGGCAAUCCUAAUGAGGGGGACGAUGCUCAGCUGGACCAGAGUUUUUUCCUCAAUGAACAGUUCAAUGACAAAGAUCUCUGCCAAUCUGAUCACCCAUUGAACACAUCUUCCUCUUCCCUAUCUGCCGCUGAUCAUCACGACCACGACUACAAGCACUCAUUUACGAUGGGGGACUCUACAUUCCUGAUGGAUUCCAACGACAAGAUCCUCUUCCACGUGCGAGUCACAAUGGGAUGCAACGGCUUUCGGGACCUUGUUAAUAUUGGCGUCGUGCGUCAAGAAACGCUUGUGAAGAAAAUCGAUGGAGCCAUCAACCAGCUCUCGAUUCUCAACAUCGUCUCCAUCUGUGCCGUUUGGCUUCGUGAACGAAUCUGCCGCAACUUCUCUUCAGGCACUUCGCUUCCCGACGUCAAGGAGCUCUGUGUCUUCCUCCAACGCAGAGGCUGUUCCCGAGACAUGUGCUGCCAGAUAUUCUACACAGCGUUUCACAGACUGCACCCUCGCCUUGCCAAUCAGAUUACGCUGCGACUUUCUGGGGAAACACUGACAGACUCCCGCUCCAUUGUGGACUAUGUCUAUGACCACUGGAAACGAUGGGCAGAAGAGGCUCAGGCUGCUGCUGACCAUGAUGCGCUCCUCGCCGCCGCCAACGACUCGCUCCCCCCGCCCUAUCCUGCCUAUAAUCACAAUCUCCAUACAAUGCCAAAGGAAAGGUACCAGAAGCAUGUGCAAGAAAGCUUCAGCAAGCUUCACAAACACCAGAAUCAUCACUACUACCACGACAGUAUCAAAGUCAAAGAAGGGCCUGCUCCGCUGCAUGAGCAACAUCAGCCCGGAAGCUGUGCCCCCUAUGACCUCGGACAAGCCAGCACCUGGGGCUCUGCGUCUGGCCAGACUGAACGGUGCAAGACUCGAAGUGACGACUGUGUGUGUAAGCAGUGCAGUAUCACAGGUUGGCUACCCCAAGUUCAUACCCCCCUUGACGGCGAUUCUCUCGCCGAUACUUUCCUUGCUCUUUCCCCUACUGAAUCGGAUUCUGUGGAUCUUCUUGGCUUAUUCGAUGAGGUUGCCGCAGUUCCUCAACAGAAAAAGAAUACAGGCCCUUCUAACCGACUUGUUCCUGGGCCUGAAUAUAUUUGCCCAAGCUGUGGCCAGCAAGGGGAUCAUUAUAAUUAUUUCUGCACUAUCAAUCGCAAGGCAGCAGAUCCCCAGCGCGCGGCCUUGAUGGCGACUGGUAGCAAUCUUGCCGAUGAGCCACUACUCACGCAAGUGCCAUCGACUCAAUUGGAAGCAGAUGAUAAGUCGUCUUCGGAUCUAAUCAUGCUCAAUAGCGGCUCUGAGACUGAAGAAGCCCAACCCACUUGUUUCCAGGAUGAUGAUGGUGGCAAAGCAUUUGGCAGUGUCCCUACCCUGAGAGGGACCCGACUUACUGACGGCCGUUUCGAUGAUGACAUUGAUGAUGGUGGUGGUGGUGGUGACGGUGACGGUGACGGUGACGGUGGCUGCGUGGCAGAAGUUGAUCUUUUCCUUACAAGAGUCGAUGAAGAAAAAGCACACAGUGGAUGCAGUAUGACAAGUACAAGCCAACAAGAAGCACGUAAGAAGCAAAAGCUGGACGGAGCAUAUGAGGAACCAUCUCUGCUUGACAGCCUUCUAGACAGUCUUCUGGAACUGGAUGAGGGGGAAUGCAUUGAACCGGGGCUUACGCCGUGCCCUCAGACACCGCAGCCGCGGUUGCAGCCGCAAGACAAGUCAGGCAUUGAGUUUGGUGUCACUGACAAGCCGCUUGGCAGAGAUCCGCCGUAUGACCCAGCUGUUCACGAAUUGUUCCACAAUCAAGACAAUACGUGGAUCCAGAUGGGAAAUCGCUUGACAGCCCUUGAGAUGUGGGAUUCCACCUAUCGGGAUGAAUUUUAUUAUUCCUCGUCAGAGCCUGAGUACGACCCGUACUAA